UUUGUAUUGUACUGUAGUUUCUCUUUAAUAAAUAGUAUUUGAAAACAAUUUGUGGUCAUUGAUAGUGAUGUGAAAUGUCUUCAACAUAUAGUUUUGAUAUAACUUUUGUGAAACGUCUUGUAGUGAUCAGUAAAGUGAUGAUCAAUGAGACGACAGUUGUAGUGAUGACCUAUUUGUUGGUGAUAUGUAUGAUAUAUGAGACGAUCUCAUAUAACGUCGGUAUGAUUACCGGCGCUUAUUAUAAAGCACUGGCAGAUAAAGAUUGGAACCAAUUCUGGUCACAAACUCUUAAAGCUUUGGUAUUAAUUAUAUCAAUAGCUUUGGUUAAGAGUUGUAAAGACUAUAUAGUGUCGACUGUUUAUAUUGAAUGGCGAAAGAGUUUAACCACAAAAUUAAAUGUCUUGUAUUUUAAAGACUUAUCUUAUUAUAGAUUGAAUGUCAUCGAUAGAUAUAAAGACAAUUUAGAUCAAAGGAUCACUCAAGAUGUCGAUGCAUUUUGUCGAUCUCUGUCUUCAAUUAUAUCGGAUCUACUGGUCUGGCCAUUCAUUAUUCCUUUUUAUACUUACCAUUCAUAUGUAAUAAUUGGAUACAUCGGACCUCUCGGUUGUUUCAUAUUCUUCAUUGUCACCACAGUAUUAAACAAGUCAUUGAUAUCAAUGGUUUCAAACAAAGUUUAUUUACAGCAACAAUCAGAAGGAAACUAUCGGUUCCAACACAUUCACGUCAGAAACAAUUGUGAGAGUAUUGCACUUCAAAGUGGACAUACAUUUGAAAACUUUAAAACUCAACAACUCUUUAAUCAAUUGGUUUCAGUUCAAGAAAGUCUUAUUGUAAGAGAAUUAUUCCUCAAGAGUUGGGUUUAUUUAUCAGAUUAUUUGGGAAGCAUUAUAUCAUUUAUAAUAUUGUCGUUUCCCUUAUUUUCGGGUAAAUAUGAUAAUUAUUUGGCCGCAGACUUAAGUCAACUAAUUAGUCAAAACGCUUUCGUCACUAUUUAUUUGAUUAAUUGUUAUUCAAGACUUAUAGAUACAGCAACUCAGUUGACAACAAUCGGUGGAACUGCUCAUAGAAUUGGAGAAGUUCUUGAAAUAUUGAAUUCAAAUGAAGAUAACAGACAAUCAUCCAGUGAUUUAAAUACAUGUAUUAAUUUGUUAGGAUUGUGUGAAUCUAAUAAUUAUUGUAAUGUUGUCAAUGUGUCCAUCAAAGUGCCUAAAAGUGAUGAAACGCUUAUCAAUAAAUUAAAUAUUAGUAUCAAUAAUGAGACAAAACUAUUAAUAUCUGGUCCGAGUGGUACUGCAAAGACAUCUAUUCUUAGAGUAUUAAAGGGUAUUUGGAAAGAGACUAACGGUUCCAUUGAGAGACACAUUGAUUUCGAUGAUCCAAAAAUGGUAUUAUUUUUGCCACAAAAGCCAAUUCUUAUGCCUAUAACUUCUCUAUUAGAGCAAUUGUCAUAUCCAUUAAAACCAGAUACAGAUAAAUAUAUGACAAACAAAUACUUUAGGGAUCAAAUCAUACAUUUGAUGACAUUUUUAGAUUUGCAUCAGUUAUUGCAAAGAAUUGGUGAUCACUUUGAGAAGCAAAUGGACUGGAAUUGGAUCGACUGUUUGUCUCCCGGAGAACAACAGAGAAUCAGUUUUGUUCGUCUUUUUCUUCAUAGACCACUGAUGGCAGUGUUAGAUGAGUCCACUUCUGCCAUUUCAGUGCAAAUGGAGCGCAAAAUUUAUGAAGAGUGCAAUCGACUUAACAUUGCUAUCAUUAGUUGUGGCCACAGAACUAGUCUUGAAGAGUAUCACUCGUGUGUCUUAAGAGUACAAAAAUGUGAUAAUCCUAUUAAUUCGACACUCAAUGAAUAUUCUUUACAAAGAUUGAGAUAAUUUUAUUAUAUUAUAUGUAAUCAUUUGAAAGUACACUACAGUACAUAACAAUCUACUAUUUAGUGUUUCUUAUAUUACGGUAAUAUCAACAGUAUAUUGAAAUUCUGUAUAUUUAACUAUAAUUCACGGAUACAUUAUUCAAGAUAUUUUGAAAAUUAAUUUAUAAUAAAAUGUUGAUAUAAUUCAGUAAAUUUAACAAAUUAAAAGCCCUAUAGAAUAGUUUAAAUGACAAAUUAUUUUUGUUAGAAAAAUAGAGUAUAACUGACUUAUAUUUCAAUUGUUCAAUAAAUCCAAUUUUAAUAUA